UUGGAUUUGGUCAGAGGAAAAGUUUCAAGUUCAGUUCAGUUCAAGGUUACUUUUGGGUAGAAAAGACAGAGAGAGGCAUCCAUUCUUAGUGGAAGGUUUUGACCCAACGCACAAACAUGCUCAGGUUUUUGUUGUUGACCAGCCUCUCGGCCCUGGUACUGGCUGAGCUGGAGCACCAGCCCAGGUACCUGGAGGACAACCUGGAGAGAGUUGUGGGAGGUGAAGUGGCCAGCCCCAACUCAUGGCCCUGGCAGAUCUCUCUUCAGUACCUGUCUGGAGGCAGCUACUACCACACCUGUGGAGGAACCCUGAUUCAGAGGGGUUGGGUUAUGACUGCUGCUCACUGUGUGGACAGCAGCAGGACGUGGCGCGUCGUUGUCGGUGAACAUGACAUCUACAGCAGCGGUGGCACGGAGCAGUACAUCGGGGUCAGCCAAGUUUAUAUCCACCCCCAGUGGGACUCUAACAGAGUGUCUAACGGAUACGACAUUGCUCUUCUGAGACUUGCCUCUGACGUCACCCUGAACUCUUACGUCCAGCUGGCUUCUCUGCCUCCCUCUGAGGAGAUUCUGCCUCACAACAAUCUGUGUUACAUCACCGGAUGGGGACUCACCUCCACUGGUGGAAGCCUGUCCUCUCAGCUCAAAGAGGCCUAUCUUCCCGUGGUCGACCACAGCACCUGCUCCCGCAGUGACUGGUGGGGCACCACUGUGAAGACCACCAUGGUGUGUGCAGGAGGUGGAGCUGAGUCUGGAUGCAACGGUGACUCUGGAGGCCCUCUGAACUGCCAGGUUAGCGGUAAAUACUACGUCCAUGGUAUUACCAGCUUUGGGUCUGCAUAUGGAUGCAACUACCCCCAGAAGCCUACCGUCUUCACCCGCGUGUCUGCUUACAUCGACUGGAUGAACUCGAUCAUGUAAGAGUGCAGAGGACAAGCCUUUCCCAGCAAAUACGUUAUUUGAUUUGCCUAAUCUACUCAUGACUUUGGACUCAAUCAAAAAUAAACUUGAUUUGAACAUUG